AUUCAGCAGCUCAGAAUGAAGAUCUUGGUUUUUCUGGUCCUCCUGGGUCUACACAGCGCAGCAGCAGUGACUCACUCUCUGAAGACAUUCUACACUGUGUCCUCUCAAGUCCCAAACUUCCCAGAGUUUGUGAUGGUCGGGAUGGUUGAUGAUGUUCAGAUUGAGCAUUAUGACAGCAACACCAGGAGACUAGAACCCAAACAGGACUGGAUGAACAGAGUCACAGAAGAUGAUCCACACUACUGGGACACUGAGAACAUCAGGGGUGUCCAGCAGGUCUUCAAAGACAACAUUGAAAUUGCAAAGCAGCGCUUCAACCAAACUGGAGGUGUCCAUGUUCUCCAGUGGAUGUACGGCUGUGAAUGGGACGAUGAGACUGGAGAGGUUAAUGGUUAUAAUCAGUAUGGUUAUGAUGGAGAAGACUUCAUAGCAUUUGACCUGAAGACAGAGACAUGGAUCGCUCCAAAACAACAGGCUUUCAUCACCAAAAUCAAGUGGGACCAUAACAUAGCUUCUAUUGCACAGACAAAGAACUACCUCACCCAGACUUGCGUUGAGUGGCUGAAGAAGUAUGUGAACUAUGGGAGGAGCUCUCUGAUGAGAACAGACCUUCCCUCAGUGUCUCUCCUCCAGAAGACUCCCUCCUCUCCAGUCAGAUGCCACGCUACAGGUUUCUACCCUGACAGAGUCAUGAUGUUCUGGAGGAAAGAUGGAGAGGAGCUUCAUGAGGACGUGGAACUUGGAGAGAUCCUCCCCAACCAUGAUGGAUCCUUCCAGAUGAGUGUUGACCUGAACCUUUCAUUAGUCACACCUGAAGACUGGAGUAGGUACGAAUGUGUGUUUCAGCUCUCUGGUGUGAAGGACGACAUCAUCACCAAACUGGAUAAAACAGCGAUUCAGACGAACUGGGGCAAGACUGGUUUCCCUCUUGCUGUUGUUAUCGGAGUUGUUGUUGUACUGCUGCUCCUGGUAGUCGGCAUCAUUGGAUACUUCCACUGGAAGAAGAAAAAUAAUGGGUUUCAAUCUGCUAACAAUUUGGACAGUACAUCAAUUGGUUCUGGUAAUUCUUCAGGAAGUGCUAACAGUGACACUCCAUUCAUCACAGCCCCAACUGUGAACAUUUUUAAACCCAGGUUAAAAACAUUUCUCUUCUCCUGUGCUUAUGAGUGAGCUCUUUCAAAGCACUUUAAAUUUAAUUUUUUUAUUUGCACUGUAUGUCCCUUUUAAUGAUUUUAAAGAAAAUCAAUAUUUAAUGCUCUAUUCUAGUAUUUUCUCUUUCUAUUUUUCUGUACUUUGUUUUUAUAUAUAUUUUUUUUAAUUGUAUGUUUUUUGUGUCUAAUUGUUACUGUUAAAUGUUUGUUUUAUGUAAAGAAUGCGCUAUAUAAAUAAAGCCUGUGAAUUGAAAUCUUUGGCAUGGGCAGGACAUGGUAUAGAUAUAGUUUCCACAACACUAACUUAUGAUAAACUUGAUAAAAACUAGUGUUGCUUACAUUAUAAAAUAUAUAUAUAUUUUAAAUAUUGUAAUGUUUUAAAUUAAGUUUGUUAACUUUCUGUAAACAUGUAGACAUUCAGUAGCAAUGCUCUAAAUCAAUUCCUAUGCUGGAAUACAUAAAUUACAUUUUUUCCCGGAAUGCUUAAACAUUAACCAAUUCUUGAGGCACUAUCUUGUAGCCAGUGCAUUUACCACGUGCCAAACUUGCCAGUUGCCUUUCCACAUCGACACAUGUGAAAACACUUUUUUCUCUCUCAAACAAAUAAGUAUAGAAUAAUAAUUUGUUUUUGCAAGAGAUGUAUAAUGUUUUGCUGGUUUGGUGUAAGGUUUGGUCUUGAUAGAGUAUAGAGUUUUGCAAAAACAGCCUAUAGUUUCAAAGAUAGUGCCUAAGUAAUCAGAAAAAAAGCUAAUAUAAUUUUCUGUUGCACUACUGUUUGAGUCCUUUUGUAUUUUCUGUGUGGUUUUUAAUAA